AUGGGCAACUUCCAACUGGAAGACUUUGUCGCGGGCUGGAUCGGAGGUGCAGCCAGCGUCAUCGUCGGCCACCCCCUGGACACAGUCAAGGCUCGCCUGCAGGCCGGCUCUGGCUAUGGGAGCACCCUCAGCUGCAUCCGCACGGUGUACAGGAGGGAGAGUGUGUUUGGUUUCUUCAAGGGCAUGUCCUUCCCCCUUGCCAGCAUCGCCGUCUACAACUCGGUGGUGUUUGGGGUCUUCAGCAACACACAGAGGUUCCUCAGCCAACACCGGUGCCGGGAACCUGAAGCUGGCCCACCCCGCGUGCUGUCUGACCUGCUUCUGGCCAGCAUGGUGGCGGGUGUGGUCUCUGUCGGGCUAGGUGCGCCCGUGGACCUCAUCAAGAUCCGGCUGCAGAUGCAAACACAGCCAUUUCAGGAAGCCAACCUCAGUUUGAAGCCCAGAGUGGCAGCUCUUGGGGAACAGCCAGCCUACCAGGGGCCUGUGCACUGCUUUGCAACCAUCGUGCGGACAGAAGGCCUGGCGGGGCUGUACCGGGGAGCCAGCGCCAUGCUGCUGCGGGACGUUCCAGGCUACUGCCUCUACUUCAUCCCCUACGUGUUCCUGAGUGACUGGAUCACGCCCGAGGCCUGCGCAGGCCCCAGCCCCUGUGCUGUGUGGCUGGCGGGCGGAAUGGCGGGAGCAAUUUCUUGGGGGACAGCAACCCCUAUGGACGUCGUGAAGAGCCGACUGCAAGCUGAUGGGGUUUAUGUAAACAAAUACAGAGGUGUCCUGGACUGUAUCUCCCAGAGUUAUCAGAAAGAAGGUCUUAAAGUGUUUUUCAGAGGCAUCACGGUCAAUGCCGUGCGGGGCUUCCCCAUGAGCGCAGCCAUGUUCCUUGGGUACGAACUCUCGCUGCAGGCGAUCCGUGGGGACCACGUGGUGACCAGCCCCUGAGCGCCAGGGCCAGCAUCACCUGACCAGGACCUCAUUCUGUGACACCCGACGCUGAUGGUGGCGGCGUCUCCAGAGCCUGCGGUGGUGAA